AUGGAGGGUGUUGCACAAUUGGGAGACACAGUAAGACAAAGACAGCUACCAAUCAAAACAGAAAUAGAAUACAUGUACAAAGUGGUACACACCAAUUUUUUGCUCUUGAAUAUACUUGCUCUUUUAUUACUGAGAGAUAGUGUACCGAUAUCUAUCAAAACCCCCUUUUACUUGAAUAAACUGAAUACAAAAAUCAAGCAAGUAACCCUCCAAGUGAAAAAUAGAUUGGAAUAUGCACGAAGCUUUAGAGCGAUCAUUUCCAAUAAUUUGAAAGCUAUAAUCGGGAACCAAAAAAAUUGUUUUCAGCAUAGUGUGAAAUUCCAGCUUACUAAGAGGUCAGAUUGUCUGAUGUCGAAUACUAUUCAGAAAAACCACGAGAGAAAAGUAGAUCCAACCGAAGAGUGUAGGAGUCCAGUAAACAAUUUUUAUAGUCAUUUAAUCCAGUUUUUCUGUAAGCUCAGAUACUGCUCCUUAAACACAUACAGUCAAACCAACUUACAAAAGCGUAAUGUGAAUGUGAAUGAACUUUUGUUCGACAACUUGUGA